CCCACACACACACGUCCUCCCACACAUGCUCAAGAAGAUGUCCACACCGCAGCGUCCGCCAGUCACGCACACCUGCUCGCCGCGCACGGUCCUGGUCCGGCAAUGUCCACUGACUCUGGUCUACGCUUUGGGAGCCUUCUGAGUGCAACUAUUCAUUUUCAUCUUUUUUUUCAUUUCCUACGCGAGUGGAUUGUCGUGGAGUAGUGGCGUUCCACUGCCACCGCCCGCUUCCCGCACCUUCCCCGGCUUUCGUGCACAGCUACACCCAUGGAACUCUAACUAUGGAUUACCACUGGAUACUUCUGCUGACAGCCGUGCUGCAAGUUACUUUCCACACAGGACGACCUGAGCCCAGCAUCACCCCACCGGGGCCCCACCUUGUGGUCCCACUUAACGCACCUUUUGACCUGCAUUGCCAGGGUGAAAAGGAGAUGGAGUGGCACCGAGAGGAGCGGCCCAAAGUCCGGGGAGAAAGACGGACGGAGGGCGCGUCAACGUUACACGUGGCCCGAGCGCUGCCCGUCCACAUGGGCCGCUACAUCUGCUUAGAGAGGAUGAGUGGCAGGCAGACGUCCAUCUAUGUAUUUGUCAACGAUCCUGACAACCCUUUCAGGAAAUCGAAGGUGUUCAAAAUCCUUACCCGCGUGGGCGACGCCGCUUCCAUUCCCUGCCUGGCAACCGAUCCCAGCCUGUCUGACCUGCACCUGGAGACGUGCUCCGGCGCAGCCCUGCCCCCCAGCCUGCGCCUUACCGCCAGCCUGGAGCAAGGCGUGGUGGUCCGAGACGCGCAAAAGGCUUACGAAGGGUGUUACGUGUGCGCUGGCAUGCUGAGUGGGCGGCCUGUGCGCUCACAUGACUACAACCUUAUGGUAAAGCCAGUCCCCAUGGCGCCCCCUGUCAUUGAGAUGCGUGCGCCCGAACGAGUUCUCCUCACCCUGAAUGAGGAUCUGGCACUCACCUGCAACACCACCAACGUCAACAGCGAGAUCAAGCUCAAGUGGGUCACCCCACCUGGCUCGGGUGCCGUCUGGUAUCCACAGCAACCAGUAAAGGUUGACACUGCGUCGCAUAUCCGGGCGGAGCACUUCGACCACAUGCGCAGCGCCACUCUGCGACUGACCGCCGCUGAGCGGCGGGACAGUGGACGCUACUGCUGCGAGGCAGAGAACGAGAAGGGUGUUAGCGUGCGCUCCGUGUGGCUCGAUGUCUACGACAAAGGAUUCCUCAACGUCACAUCCACGAGUAAUAGGACCAUCCACGUGCGCUCCGGUGAUAGCUUAUCCCUAGUAGUAGAGCUGGAGGCUUACCCCAGGCCGCAAACCUUCUCCUGGAGCUUCAUGGGCCACCAGUUGAAGAACAACAGCGACCACGUAAUCACCACGCAGAGCACGCGCAACUACAGGUACAGCAGCGAGCUGAGGUUAGUGCGACUGAAGACGUCGGAAGGUGGCGUGUACAUGUUCAAAGCCGCAAACCGCGAUGCAUCGCUGAAUGAGACAUUCACCAUCUUUGUGACCACUAAACCCGAGAUUGUGUCACACGAGGGCCCAGUGGACGGGCAAGUGCGCUGUGUGGCAGAAGGAUUCCCUGCCCCCAAGAUAACAUGGUACUACUGCGAGCAGCCCUACAUCAGGUGCUCCCAGCAGGUGAACGCCACCCAAGAAGAGACAGACAUCAUCACCAUCACACUGUUCAGCCCCAUGUUUGGAAAGACGGAGGUGGAAAGUCGGGUGAAUGUCAGCCGGGGACGCUUCAGUACGCUGGAGUGUGUAGCAACGGUGGAAGGAGAGCAGGCCUAUACUCUUUUCUCCAUUAGUGAGAGAACAAUUCCCCAUGGUCUGUUCACCCCCCUGCUGAUCGGCUCGGUGUCGGCGGCCUCCGUCCUCUGCCUUGUCCUUAUUAUGCUCGUCUAUAAAUACCUGCAGAAACCUAAAUAUCAGGUGCAGUGGAAGGUUAUUGAAGGAAUCCACGGUAACAACUACGUGUACAUUGACCCCACCCAGCUUCCCUACGAUCACCAGUGGGAAUUUCCCAGAAACAACCUGCGUUUUGGGAAGAUACUAGGUUCCGGUGCUUUUGGAAAAGUGGUGGAAGCGACUGCGUAUGGACUCUCCAAGGCCAACUCUGUCACCACGGUGGCGGUCAAGAUGCUUAAAUCAAGCGCUCACUCAACUGAAAAGGAGGCCUUGAUGUCCGAGCUGAAGGUUCUCAGCUACCUGGGAAACCACAUGAACAUCGUUAACCUGCUGGGAGCCUGCACUGUGGGAGGCCCCAUCCUGGUGAUCACAGAAUACUGCUGCUUCGGCGACCUGCUAAACUUUUUACGGAGGAAGAGGGAGUCUUUUUUCUUCGCCAAGAUGGAAGAUGACUGCUACUAUCGCAAUGUGAUGUCAGAGACGGGCACUGCUGGCGACAGCUUGAACGGCUACAUGGCCAUGAGGCCUUCUGCCAUUGGCAAGCCGCCUCCUUCCUCAUCCUCAUCAUCCACAUCCACGGUGGAGAAAAGAAACUCUUUCCGCAAAGGCGGCUCCUAUAGCGAAGAAGAUGCGGAGGGGGAAAUGUUUGACGAUGACGGCCUGUCAUUGGAUACGGAAGACCUGCUCAGCUUCUCCUAUCAAGUAGCCAAGGGAAUGGAAUUCUUAGCGUCCAAGAAUUGCAUCCACAGAGACCUGGCAGCCAGAAACAUUCUGCUCACUCAAGGGCGAGUGGCAAAGAUCUGUGAUUUCGGCUUGGCCCGAGACAUCACUACAGAUUCCAACUAUGUAGUCAAAGGCAACGCUCGGCUGCCGGUCAAAUGGAUGUCUCCGGAGAGCAUUUUUGAAUGUGUGUACACGUUCGAGAGUGACGUGUGGUCGUACGGCAUCCUGCUUUGGGAGAUCUUCUCGUUGGGAAACAGCCCUUAUCCCGGAAUGCCUGUGGACGGCAAGUUCUACAAGCUGAUUAAAGAAGGAUACAGACUGGACUCUCCUGAGUUUGCACCCUGUGAAAUGUAUCAGAUCAUGCGGUCCUGCUGGGAGGCCAACCCAGUCCAAAGACCCCCCUUCAGGAAAGUGGUAGAGAGAAUUGAACAGCAGCUGUCAGACGCCACCAAACAUAUCUAUCUGAACUUCAGCUCCCGUCUCAUGGUGCCGCCCAGACCCAACACUUCCGCCACCGCAGAGGAGGACGACGACAACGACAAUGAAGAGAACAGAAUCUCCGACACAGCUAUACAGCUCAGCUCAAAUGGCAACAGUGCUCCGACACAGCCCUUGCUAGUCCAUCACCAGGUUUUCCUGGAAGGCAUGGGCGUCGGAGUCCAACGGGUGUGAGGGACCCCCCGAGCCCCUUGUCACUUAGAAGAAGUGCCUCUCAUGUUCUGCUACUGCAACAUAAACAAAACACUGCCAGCCCACUUCCCCCUUUCCUUUAAAGACUCCUACUGUGGUGAUAAAAGAAACACGGACAACCCCCUGCCGCUCCAGACAGGACAAAGAAGAACAUUUUGUUAUUAAACUAUACUUUCAAAGAAGAGCAGUUGCAAAAACAACAAUUCACUGCCACACAUUUAACUCACUGGCUGCCAUUGACUGCGAUAGUCGUCCAAUUCAUUUGAACUGGACGAACAAACGUUCAUUCACUGCCACCUUCCCACUUCAAAUGGAUUGGACAUUUACUACUGACAAACUAAUUCAAAGUCACAUUAGAAGUCUGUCAUCGACAAUGACACUGAAAGAGUUAAAGUCGAUUAUUUCAGCUUUCUUUGAAGUUUUCCCUUUUUUCAUAUACUUUUUACAUACUGAUUUGUCUGGAAAGGAAAAAAACACUCGAGGCACUUCAAUUCAUUCCGCCUAUCCCAUUAUGCAGCAUCAUUAUUGUUGAUUUUUUUUAUGUCAGUAUUACAUAUUUCAAAUGAAGGUGAUUGUUUUUUUUUUCAGGGUCCAAUUUUUCAAAUGGAGUUACUGGGACACUGGUUUUUAUAAGCUAUUAUUAAGACGGCCUGAUCCGCUUUGAGGACAUUUCAAAUCGUUUCAUGGCCACGGGCCGCGAUAAGAGGAGGUUGUACGACGCGGUACGCUAGUUCAUUUUGUUUGUAGAUAGUUUUCGCAAGAUGCUGGGGGCAAAGCUUACAAAAAAAAAACAUUGUGUUUCCUUUACUCCUCGUUGUUUACAUGCUGGUACUGCCAUUUCAGAGAUUUGUGUUUUUCUGUCGGGAAACAAAAUAGCUGACUGUUCGGGACUUGCCGUUCAAUAGACUGGAAAGCAGACAUUUAAGCUGAUCAUAUUGUUCCCCAGCCACAUGUUACUUUUCACCCCAUUCUCCCUUUUUGAGUCCAGAUGUUCGUGCUUCCAAUGUUCCCGCUGGGUAAAUGUCCUGUUCGUACGAAUGAACAUACUGGAUUGUGAUCGCAAGAGUGUGUGUGCUUCUCUGAAUGAUGAAAAAAAAAUUGUUUUUAAGUCAUUUUAUCCACGCGUUUACAUGACAAUGACAUUUUGCCCCGUUUACACACAAAAAAAAUCAGUCCUUGUGGCCAAUGGUGAUAAGCUUCAAGAUCUUGACAUUCACCCUAUAAUUGUUUUUAAUUGCCUAUAUCAGUGGUUCUCAAACACUUUAUAAUAAGUACCACCUCAAAGAAUAUUGAAAAUUGGCUCUCUGAGUGCCACCAUUACGCCGACAUUACUCAUUGAUGACAACAGUGUUGUUUUUGGCAGCCCUUUUAAUUUUCGUCUUUGUCUUUUAGACGAUAAUACCUAUUAGUCUUAGUCAUAUUUUAGUCAUCUCAAAAUGUGUUUGUCCUUGUCUAGUUUUUGUAAACAAAAACUCUAGACUAUUUUGGUCUAGUUUAAAUCGACAUUUAUUAUAGAAGUUUUUGAAAAAACUUUACUCCAAAAAUAAUAAAGAUUGCUAACUAUUUCGAAUGAACAUGUCUAUCUAAAAGGAAAACACCAACUUGUUGAUAAUACACACUCAGCAGGAAAACAGUACAUUAUUUUCAAUUAAUGAUAUCGACCUGAACGCCAUGAAAUGUAUGUAAGAAAAAGUUGUCCGAGAGUUUAAGAGGACGCUCGCAAUUACCAUUAGCUUAAUGCUAACGCGAAUGCUAUGCUAACGUUAAGAGUUACAUUUAGUGUGUGAUGAUCACUCAGUUCAGGCCUUUAAAGGCUAACGCAACAUUGCAUAUUAUCUCUGGCCAAUAUAAAAAACAAACACAAAUCUUACUGUGUGCAUGUGUGCAAGCCUGGAGACUGGAUAGCAGCAGCAUGUCACAUGAGUAAAACAACCAGACACUGCUACAAUGCAGGCUAACUACACAUAAAAUGUCACACAUUAUAAACAUGUGACGGAAACUAUUGCGCAUUUUAAUCUCGUUCUCGUCUGUCAGACGAAAACCAGCACUCAUCUCGUUAUGUUUUAGUCUCCCAAACCAUGUUUUUAGCUCGUUAUGGUAUCGUCAUGAAUAAAAUUUUCGUUGACAAAAUAUUUUUGUAAUAGUCAUCGCUGACAAAAACAACACUGGAUGACAGUACACUCUAAAAAUUGAAACCUUCUAUUGGUCAUGUUAAUUUAAGAUGUUAGCUAGACAUAAAUCAAAUUAUUUAUUAACUUGUCUUGUGUAUUCCUAACUGUUGAAAGAUAAAUUAGCUUAGCGCGGUCAUGAUGGUCACCCUCACUUACAGCAAAUUAUUAUAUAUUAACUUAAACUGAAGUCUAGUUUACGCCAAAAUGUUGAGUUUUAACGGAUAAGGUUUUUGUCUUUUUUUUUUUUUUUCUAUCUAAACUUGAAAAUUCAAGUGAAACUGAUUGACUUGAAAUUUCAGCCAACUUUUUUUUGUGUUUGUAGAAAAAAUCUGACUUCCCAGAAUGACCUCAAUUUAAUAUUUUGGAAAAUAACUUGUUUCAGUUGGUCUUCAUUGCCGUCAUGUUGACAUCAAGUAUGAUGACUUCAUCUCGAUUUCAUUCUUGCAUUCUUUUUUAUCUCAUCAAAAUUCUUUAUUUUUUGUUAUUAUUGCAACAUUGUGUGAUUUAAUUUUGAGUCAAAAUAAAUCGGAUGUCUAUCGCUGUCAAUGGCAGCCAAGCCACAGUAAAACAUUAACAGUCUGCUUAGAGUGUGGGAUAAAGAGUUGAUAUACUUAAGGUUGAGUUAAAUGGUAUUACACCUGUUCCGUAAUAUUUAAAAAGAAACACUUUUCAAAAACUCAGUCUGAAUCUUUCGUAGCUGAAUUUGGAUACAACUGAACUGUACUUUAUAAAUGCCAUGUAGUGGGAAACAAAAAAAGCUGUUUGAACAUUUAGUUCAAUAAUCUUUUGCGGACCACGAGAGUGAGCUGGCGUACCACCAGUGGCACUCGAACCACACUUUGAGAACCACUCGCCUAUGAUGACUGGCUGCAAUUGAUAAAACUAGACAUCUAAUCCAUUUUGAUGGAGAGACCGGUGCUUCACUACAAAGUAACAUUACAAGUUACUGGCCUGGCAUGCAUAUUUCCACUGUCGUCGUCAUGUAAACACGCCGGAAAAUGUGCUAUCUGCUCCAGUUUUGUACAUAUACAUUUUACUGUGCAUAUACUAUAAAGUCAUAUCGGAAGGCGACCAUUUUAAUGAAGAAGCGGUACACAUAAAAUAUACGUAGAAAAUAUUCUUCUUAUGCUGGUUUUCUGACCUUGUACUGUACACUUUGUCGCCCCGGGAACGUGACUCGACAAAAAUGUCAAAUUGAACCGACCAUCAUCAGACUUUUCCCCAUGCAUAAAUGAUAUUUAUUUAGUGUUGCUGUGUAUAAUGGAUGUGUUACAUGUGUCAAUGUAAAUAAAAAGGUCUAUAUUGAAAUAGCAACGUGUUGAAGUACUUUCAGUCGAGGCCGUAGGUUUGGUCUCAACAUUAGUAGAAACGAUAUAACAACAUAACUGGCAUUUACACUUUUUGGUGGGGACGGGACAUAAGACCAAACAGAUUAUUGAACGGUGGUCA